AUGUCUAUGAAAAAGCAAAUAACGGAGGGAGAGGAGCCAGUUAGUCCAUUUGCACAGCUGUUCAGCUUGCCGGGUCUUGACGUCUUCAACGUUGCAACCAUUGGAUUCAAAAAUGAAGGCGAUCCAUUCACCUUUAUUGAGGGCUUAAAGAAUACACUGAUUAACCACCCACGCUUCUCUAGCAUACUGUUGACGAGUCAUGACGAGCGAAAAGGAAAAGCUAAAUGGAUUCCAACAGAAGUAAAAGUGGAAGAUCAUGUUAUUGUCCCAGAUAUAGAUCCACACAUUGAGAAUCCUGAUGAAUUUCUAGAGGAUUAUAUAACAAACAUGGCUUUUUCUCCAAUGAAUAUGUCCAAACCUUUAUGGGAGUUUCAUUUACUGAAACUUAAGACAUCACAUGCGAAAUACGUAGCCGUGGCUAGGUUCCAUCAUUCUCUAGGCGAUGGAAUGUCUCUUAUGUCUCUUUUACUCGCAUGUACUCGAAAAACAUGUGAUCCCGAGGCCCUGCCUACUUUUCUGGCUCCGAAGAAAAACCAAGCAAGAAACGCUUGGUGGUCGUUGGUUGCUUGGUUCUGGCACAUAAUAAGACUUAUGUCCAACACUUGUAUCGAAGUUAUCAAAGCUGUGGUUUUUAUAUGCUUUGCGAGGGACACCACAACUGAUAUAAUGGGUAAACCAGGAGCUACAUGUAGUGCUAAUAAGAUUGUUCACAAAAUCAUUAGUUUGGAUGAUGUUAAAAAUGUGAAGAACGCCAUGAAGAUGACAGUGAAUGAUGUUCUUUUUGGAAUGGUACAAGCUGGUCUUUCACGAUAUUUGAAUCAAAUAUACGAUCUUGACACAACUUCAAAGACAAGAAAAACUCUAGACAAAACAUAUCUUCAUGGUGUUGUGUUUUUCAACCUAAGGCCAAACAGAGAUAUCGAGGAUUUGGCUAAUAUGAUGGCAAAAGGUUCUAAGAGCAGAUGGGGAAACUCAAUAGGUUAUGUUCUUAUUCCUUUAUGGAUGAAGUCAGAGAAUGAUAUACUUGAAUAUGUCCGACAAGCAAAAACGACUAUGGAUCGUAAAAAACUUUCUUUCGAACCUCUUUUUUCUUAUGUGUUGCUCAAAUUGACCAUGGAGAUUUUUGGAUUAACAGCAGUCAAGAAAAUUGCAGAGAGAAUUUAUGGUAACACAACAAUGGCAUUCUCAAAUGUGGUUGGUCCAGCGGAAGAAAUUAGUUUUUUUGGGCAUCAGAUAUCUUACAUUGCUUCGAGCACCUUUGGUAUCCCACAGGCUCUCAUUAUCACUUUACAAAGCUAUAUGGACAAACUUGUAAUCAGCCUUGCAGUUGAUCUCGACGUGAUUCCAGACCCUCAUCAUCUUGGUAAUCUCAUCAUCGAAGCUCUCAGCAUGAUGAAUUCUGCUGUUUCAGAAACGAUCGUUCAUGCCUCAGAGGUUUAA